UGCUGCUGAUUUUGCAUAUCAAUAUCAUGAAGGCGCCUUGAUUUGAAUUUGGAACUAGAUCAUAGAUGAAUAUUCAACUUUCUGAGGAGUUCGGGAAAUCAUGUUCGGAGAAAAGGCAAUAGAACUUAUCCAUGAGCUUCAGAGAGCUGUCAAUGGGUCGCUUGCCCCCUUUAAUGAAGAAGGUGUUAGGCAAGUUCUUGAAGAAAUGAAAGCUCUUUAUGAUCAAAACCAAAGCGAUGUAGAGGCGACAGUUCAAGGAGAGAAAGACCGCCUUCCAGCUGUCCAGUUUCGUCACACAUGUCUUGAAAGAAACAAGCGAUGUCUCCUUGCUUACUUGCACAACAGACUGUGUAUGAUCCGUGAUAUGAGAUGGGAGUUUGGAAGUGUGCUACCGGCAGAGGUCAAAUACAAUCUCUCAGAACAAGAGGUGCAGUGGUUUACAAAGUAUAACAAGUCAUUGGCAUCCUACAUGAGAACAUUAGGACAGGAUGGACUUGAUCUCACACAGGUAACAUGUUUGUUAUGAGACUUAUGAGUAUCGUUUAUUUUUAAUUAUUAUUUAUUUUCAUUAUUUUAGGCUGCAAUUUUCUUAACCCACAAGCUUUGCCUUUUUUAGUUCCCCCAUUUCCUUAUCUACUUUAUUGUACAUGAAUGAAUUAUGGAAUAUAUUUGUCAUCUACUGUAUUUAUUUGUAUAUUUUUAAGGAUUUGAAAUGCAUUUAUAUGAUCUUAUGUGUUGUAAAUAUGUUUUUUUUUAAUGAUUUGGAAAUAGAGACACUGAAUUGAAUUGAAAUUGUUUCAUUAUUAUUUGUUUACUUUACCUGUGCCUGUGAAAUGAAGAGUGAUAUGAAUGGUUUAUAUUCACUUGUUGCUAUUGUUGGGUUUUAGUAAGGCACAAAUAACGUCCAGAUGUGAAUAUUUAUGCCUGGUGAACAAGCAGUUGUCUACAUUCUCAGUUAGUCUCUAAUACCACAUAGGCAAAACCCAUUUGGUCCACUAUCACUUUGGUCUAAUUGCUGUUUGGUCUACAACCCAAAUUAUUCUAAUUUUGAUCUAUUGCCUAGUAGUUGGUCUAAUUUCCAUUUUAUCUCCUUAUUAUUAUUUUUUACAUUAUCUGAGGAAAUAUAUAUCGUAAAUAAUCCAUCUAACUUUAUAGACUGAGUAGUGUUGGACCAAGUGGAUAUUAGAUAAACUGCCUUACUGAAUUAUCAGACUAAUUGGUACAUUGCCUAACUAGCAAUCAGACCAAAUGUUUAUUCGAUGAACUAUGAAAAUAAUGUGUGGGAUGAGACCAAAUAGAAAGUAGAUGAAAGUAGGUGCAGAUCAAUUAGCAAUUUACCAUCUGAAUUACUAUAAGGCCCCCCCCCCCAAUCCAGUGGGUUUUUUUCCCCUUCACAUUGUUUAUUGUGAUAUAAAUUAGGAAAUGCCCUCUCUGUUAGAAAUAGUGGAUAAUACGUUUAAUUAAUUUGCACACAAAGUAAACCUUGAUAUUGUUGUUGUUGUGCCCAUGUAUAUAUUUGAAAAUAACGAUUCCUGGAAGGCGAUGUGCCAAGGUGCAUUACUCUAGUUGUAAUGAUUUUAAGAAGUUAUGUGAUUGAAGGUUAGUCUAUCAUGCAUUUACAUGUUCACUUGUUCUAUUUCGAAGAUGAGGCAAAGCUGAUUUGAGAGUAUGUAUACCUUACAAUAGUAUUCUGAGGAUGCUACUUCCGGGGGGCGUUUCAUCAAACAAUUAGUCGGUGGUUUUCUCCGACUAAAUGUGAUUUUCACCGACUAAUUUCAUUUUCACCGACAAUUUUGCCAUCACCGACUAAAUUCCAUUUCAUGAAAAUUUGUCGGUGAUUUUCUCCGACAAAUUAUUGGAAACCACCGACUAAUUUUGUCGGUGGCCUUCACCUACCGACAAAACUUAUUUUCACCGACUAAUCAGCCUUUUGAGGGCCUUUGCAGCUAAAAUCGAUCAAUUUCAGUUGAUUUUGAAUAUAACAUUUUAAUAAAUUGCUUAUUUUUCAUUUCAUUGAGAAAAUUCAAAGAAAAUGUAUUUAUUUUUAGUCAAUGACAAAUAAAAAGUAGACAUUUCAAGAAUAAUAUUUUCAUCUUUAAAACUAUAUUAUAUCAAUCAAUACAUAGGAAACAUCUUCAAAUGUACACAUUUUUUCAAACAUAAUUUUCUUUAACCCAAAUAAAUCAUUGUGCAUUUUUUAAUCAAUAAUGUCUGAAAAAUGCGACCUC